UACUCAGAUACCACCGUGUAUAUAUCAAGGUAUUUAGCGAAUCCGUUGGUUACUAUACAGACCAUGGGCGACACCGUUAAAGGCCGUGUGCUGUAUAAGAAAGAAUGGAAGGAUUGGUGGGAAAGAAACUACGAAAGAAAAGCAAGGGGUGAUAGAGGACCCGAUACAGAAAGUAAACUUAACGAGAGUGAUUUCAAUGAACUAAGUCCGAUGUUAGUGAAACAUAGGAAUUUUCUGUUUGCGGGUCGGGAAAAAUGUCGAAUAUUUGUGCCUCUCAGUGGAGCAUCACCAAACGUGAAGUGGAUAGCGGAUCAAGGCCAUGCGGUCGUAGGAGUAGAAUGUGCACCAUACGCGAUAUUAGCUUUCUUCGAAACCAACUCAAUUGAAUAUAUAAAAACCGUCUCAAAAGUAGAUCCGUCUUACAAUGUCUACACAGCGAAGGGUAUCGACAUCGUAAUUUUCGAAGGCGACUACUUCAAUUUCAAUGCAGAUAUAGCCGGAGGCAAAAUGGACGGCGUUUCUGAUACUGCGAGUCUCAACACAAUUCCAUUCAAUAAAAGAGAGGAAUACGUGACCGUAAUGCUAUCUUUAUUAAAAUCAGACUCUUGGUAUCUUCUCAGUGGUUGGGACUUUGGUGAAUUCCGAACAUGGCCUUAUAAUCCGUGGAAUAUAUCCAAGAAAGACGUCAAAAAGUUGUUUGGCGACAAAUGUACCUCGACUUUAUUAGAUGAGAAUGUCACACAGUGGGGAGUAGAUAGAACAUUUCUCAUACAACCUAAAUAGUUAUUUUAUACCAUAUUUUUGCUAUUUAAUACUUGCUUUGUUUUUACAACUAAAUUCACUUACAGGGGAUAGCUGAAGAAUUGAAAACGCAAGGUUACAUUAACAACGCUGUUCUAUUUGAACAAAACUUUACUAUUACUAAAACUAAUGAUCACUCAAGAAUUUGCUCAAUUAUUUAUGAAUUAUUUUUAGAUAGAAUGUUGCGAAUUUCGUAAAAAAUAUUCAAAAUACCUGUAAUUUCAACCUAUACUUUUAUAUAGAAAUGAUAGCAAUAACACAAGAUACAAAUUUGAGUUUUAUUUUCACAUGUGUUACUGAAACACGGCACCAGCAUAU